AACUGCUUGGCCGUCAGACACACUCUCUCUCUUUCUUGUUUCCGUCGCCAACGACAAAGGAAACUUUCUCUGCAACUUCUGGUGCUUGUUGUUUUCUUUGAAUUUUUUUCUCCACCAUAGAAAAGCAGCCAACCCAAAAAUCCUAAACAAGUGGUUCGUUUCGUCAUCGUAUCAUCCUCCCAAUCUUCAAAACAAAAUUCUGUCUUUUCUUAAGUAAACUCAAACUGGGUUUGCUUCUUUGAUCAUAUUCUUAUCGGAAAGCAGCAAUUUUGAGUUCGAAUGCCUCCUGAUUACUUGCCUCUAAGGUGGGAAAGCACUGGUCAAAAAUGGUGGUACGCAUCUCCAAUAGACUGGGCGGCCGCCAAUGGCCACUAUGAUCUGGUGAGGGAGCUCCUCCACCUCGACACCAAUCUCCUCAUCAAGCUCACCUCCCUCCGCCGCCUUCGCCGCCUCGAAACGGUCUGGGACGAUGCGGCACAGUUCAGUGAAGCCGCUAAAUUCCGGUCCCAGGUGGCCCGGAAACUCCUCAUUGAAUGCCAAACAAGUUCCGGCCACAACUCUCUCCUCGGAGCUGGCUAUGGCGGCUGGCUUCUCUAUACUGCUGCCUCAGCUGCGGAUGAGGGAUUUGUCAAGGAAUUGCUUGACAGAGACCCGUUUCUGGUGUUCGGAGAGGGGGAAUAUGGGAUUACUGACAUGCUUUAUGCUGCUGCUAGGAGCAAGAAUUCAGAGGUUUUCAGGGUCUUGCUUGAUUUCUCAGAGUGGCAAGGGGGGGAGAUUGGUUCUGGUUUCGGGUGGGAGAUGAAGAAUAGGGCCGUUCAUGCUGCGGCUAGAGGGGGGAAUAUGGAGAUUUUGAGGGAGCUCUUGGGGGAUUCUUCUGCCAGUGUUUUGGUUUAUAGAGAUGCUAAGGGAUCUUCGGUGUUGCAUACAGCUUCUGGCAGAGGGCAAGUUGAGGUGGUCAAAGACCUAUUGGCGUCCUACGAUAUCAUCACUGCAACAGAUAACCAAGGGAACACAGCACUAAAUGUGGCUGCUUACAGGGGUCACUUGGCUGUGGUGGAGGUUCUAGUUAUGGCAUCUCCCUCGGUUGCUCUCAUAACCAACAAUUAUGGAGACACUUUUCUUCAUAUGGCAGUGGCUGGUUUCCAGAGCCCGGGUUUUCGGCUACUGGACCAGCAAUUUGAGCUUGUGAAGCAGUUGGUUUGUGGAAACUUUGUAAGCAUGGAUGAUUUUAUCAAUGUUAGGAACAAUGAUGGAAGAACUGCCCUUCAUAUGGCUGUUGUUGAGAACGUUAUGUCUGACCUGGUGGAACUGCUCAUGACUGUACCUUCAAUUAAUUUGAACAUCCGCGAUGCCGGUGGCAUGACCCCGCUUGAUCUCCUCAAGCAGAGGCCACAAUCAGCUUCUUCCGAAGUUCUUAUCAAGCGGUUGAUCUCAGCUGGAGGGAUUGCCAACUCUCAGGAUUAUGCGACAAGAAGUGCCCUCGUCUCCCAUCUGAAAAUGCGGGGUACUGGAGUCAGCCCUGGAACCUCUUUUCAAAUCCGAGAUUCAGAGAUAUUCUUGUUCACUGGUAUGGGGAAUGCAUAUAAUGCCACCUGCAAUCGUGCAAGUACAGAAUACAGUACCUGUUCUAGUGAACUUAAUAGCUUGAACUCUCCUGCUGCCUCAAACUCACUGGAUGGUAGGAAAUCUGGCACUGUUAGUUAUGCCGCAAAGCAGCUGAAGAUUCUCCUGAAAUGGCCGAGAAAGGGAAGAAAAGCCGGGGAAGAUGAUUCUUCGGAAUCAUUCAGAAGUGGAAACUGGGAAGACAGUCCAACCCCACUUCGACAGAGGUAUUCCAAAAAGUUAUCCCUACCAAACAACAAAAGGAUACUCUGCGACAGAAACAGUUUUCCAAGUCCAUCCACCAAAAAGAAAUUUUCUGCAACGCUGAUGCACGGUGUCAUUCAGGCUGGGCCAAAAUUGGUUGUUCAAUCACAAUCAAGUUCUUUCUCAGAAUCAUCCGACUCUUCAACUGUCCCAGUUGAUAAACAAAAGGGAACGGGCAUGGAGAACAAAAUUGAAGAAUCCAGUGGCUCAAAUCAUUCCUUUAAUGGUGAAAAAUUUCGGAUCAACCACAAACAGAACUCCUUUAGCAAGAGGUUGAUGAACAAGUAUUUGUGCUUUGGCGCACAGAGCCUGUCCAUGGAAGAUUCAGUUUCCUGCAGUCAAUCACAUUGGAGUUUCAAGCGCUCUUCUUUAGUGGCUUGAACUGGAGGUUUGAAUGAAAUCACAACACCCUAGAGUUUCAUUAAGCUCUGUAAAUGCCUUUUAGCUUUUCUGGUAACCUUUUGGCUUGUUCAAUUUAUGCUAGAUCCCUGUGCUCGAUGGUUAUUAAUGCUAUGCUUUUCUCUACCAAUAAA